AUGCCAGUCUAUAAAGAUAGAAAUACACAACAUGAACUGAUGCUAUUCCUGAACGAUUUCGAAUUCUGGAACAAUGUCGAUACUCUUCGCAGAUUCUCCUUUUUCGGGAUUUGCUUCAGUACUGUAGCCGCUUUAACAUGCGUCUUCGUGAUCUCGACUAUCUACAACUACAUGCAGUACACACAAACAGAUUUAGUAGCUGAGGUCGACUUCUGCCGACAGCGAUACAGCGGCUUAAUCACGCAAUUCACAAGAGCGCAAACUGGGAAGUAUUCCAAGUCCGGAACGAAGAGACAAGCAUAUGACUUUGACCUUUCAGAGGAGGGCUUUCUUCCAACCACUGAUGUGCCAGUUUCUUCGAGAAAUGGCUGUUGUGCAUGCAAAAAGGGACCAAUGGGGCCUCCAGGUCCACCUGGUCCAGACGGAGCUGAUGGAUUUGAUGGUACACCGGGCAGUGACGGAGAGCGUGGUGUGGAUGCUGGUUUGAAUGAUGUCCCGACAGCAGCAGAUUUCUGUUUUGACUGCCCAACGGGUCUGCCAGGGGCACCGGGAAAGGUUGGACAAAAAGGACGAGAAGGCAGACCAGGAAAUGUCGGUCCGCCAGGAGCUGCAGGAGUGCCUGGAAGACCUGGCAGAACUGGCGUUCCAGGCAGACCUGGCGCCGAUGGGAAACCAGGUCCGCCCGGAGCACCAGGCCCAGAUGGAAUAUGCGAAGAUGUUGACGUACCACCAGGACCACCAGGACCAAUGGGACCUCCUGGACCUCAGGGCAAACGAGGGCCUGCAGGGAUACCGGGCACCCCUGGAGCAGACGGACCUCAAGGACCACCCGGAGAUCCUGGGAGAGAUGGUUAUCCAGGUGAACCCGGCAUACAAGGACCUCCGGGAGUUUCAGGAGAGAUCGGUAGAAAUGGAGGAUGUGAACAUUGCCCACCACCACGAACUGCGCCAGGUUAUUGA